GACAAGCCCCUGCAUCCAUGAGGCAACCUGGGGAAUCCAGCAAGCAAUGGUAGCAUGAACAGUACACCUACCCUGUCUUUAUAUGAUAUCUUGGGUGUUUCUCCCGCUGCGUCGCCCUCCACCAUCAAACGCGCCUAUCAAGCAGCUGCUAGAGCCACGCAUCCUGAUAAGGCUGCGGCUCAUUCGAAAGGUGGUUGUCGGGCCAGACCGGGUCAUGUCUCCUCUCCCAGGUUCACUUUCUUGGAGAUACAGGCGGCAUGGGAUGUAUUGAGGGCCCGGGAAAGCCGCGCCGCGUACGAUGCAGCCUGGGGGCGACAGAGGGAUGAGGAGGUUGAGGGCUUCAUCGCGGAGGAGGUGAGGGUGGCGGAGAUGGAGGAGGAGGGCGGGGAGGAGGACGGGAAGGAAAGGUGG